AUGGGUUCACUAGCAUUAUCUGUUCUUACGCUUACUAUUGGCGUCUUUUUUAUUCUUAUUGGUCAAUUUAAAGUUACAUCGAAAUUUUUUCCUGAUAUACAUGACGAUAUGAGACAUGAAUUUGGACGUAUUAAUAAAGUAUUUCCAUUUUAUAAAAUAACUGGUUGGCGUCCAUAUGCAAAAAAUUAUCGAAUGACUUUUGGUAUUAUUGAAAUUAUCUGUGGAGUUAUUUUAGUUCUUAUACCAGGUGAAUUGAUUUUUAUUUAA